AUGGCAACAAAACACUAUGCUAAGAAUGUGCCAGUUAAAGAGCAAGUAGGAGAAGAGGUGGUUUCUAAACCCCCUCCCAGACGCCAGAAAACUAAGGUUUUCCAGAAAAGGUCGAUGGCGUCAGAGAAUGCAGCGGCACCGCCGUUACCUCCGCGCGACCCAACAUCUACAGGGCCAAAACCUACUAGGCUAUCGACUGAACCCACGAAACCGAAGAAUGAACCAAUUUUCUCAGAUAUGGACAUGAUGGGGUUUCCUGGAGUAGCACAUUAG